UCGGACUUGUUUUUACUUGGUAAGAAAGACUGAAAGGGUGAGAUCAGAUGGGGAGAGCUCCUUGCUGUGAUAAAACGAGGUUGAAGAAGGGGCAAUGGACCCCUGAUGAAGACCAAAUCUUAAUCUCCCAUAUCCAGAAACAUGGCCACGCAAAUUGGCGAGCCUUGCCAAAGCAAGCCGGUCUGUUGAGAUGUGGAAAGAGUUGCAGACUCAGGUGGAUGAACUAUUUACGCCCGGAUAUUAAGAGAGGGAACUUCAGCCUUGAAGAAGAAGAAACUAUCAUUCAGAUGCAUGAAGUGUUAGGCAACAGGUGGUCAACAAUCGCUGCAAGAUUACCAGGGAGAACGGACAACGAGAUAAAAAAUGUCUGGCACACCCACCUGCAGAAAAGAUUUAAACAAAACCAGGAGAAGCCAAAUUCGGAAACCAAACCACAACGAAAAACCAAAGCAAAACCUGAAACCAACAUCUCAAGGGAAUCUGAAACCUCAGGAAUCGUUCCACCGCCGUCUCCUGAGCCAUCUUCGAGUGAAUUCUCGUCAGUCACAACCGGAGAAACAAACAUCGAGUACGUCACCGUGAAGGAAGAACAAAACGAGUCCCUGGAAAACUUUCCUGUAAUUGAUGAAAGUUUCUGGUCAGAAGCAUUGCCAUCAGAGUCGGUAAAGAUCUCCAACGAAAGACAAGUUCAGUCUGUAUUUCCAAUCCUGGAACCGGGUUUCAAUGGCGGUUCCAAAAUGGUCGAUGAUUGCAUGGACUUCUGGUACAAUAUGUUUCUGAAGACCCGUGAUGAGUCGGUAAAGAUCUCCAAAGAAAGACAAGUUCAGUCUGUAUUUCCAAUCCUGGAACCGGGUUUCAAUGGCGGUUCCAAAAUGGUCGAUGAUUGCAUGGACUUCUGGUACAAUGUGUUUCUGAAGACCAGUGAUGAAUCCACGUUAACACCAUUGUUAUUGUAAUUGCAAAUCAGGGAUCAGUUUCAGGGCAGAAAUUUUGUAAUGAAAUUGAUAUGUUCAUUUGUUUAAUUUUAAAUUCUAGCAAUAUGCUAACAUGGUACCAAGACCCCAUUUGAAUGUA